UGGGGGUGGUGGCGGGGAAAGAUGGGUGAAGGGAACUUUUAACUCCACCCCACCAAUAGCGCAUGCUUUUUGGUGCUUGCAGGUGGCCCGAGAGAGGAUGGAUCAUAGACGCGGCGAGGACAGAGCGGCCAGGGUUCUGUUGCACAUCCGGAUUCUGCGGCUCUGCCUUCGGCCGAUGGGGUCAACUCUGGAGCCGUGUGCCGGCCGGGGCCAGGCGUAUCAAUGAGGAGUCAGUCCUGCUUACCCCUCUUUUCCUUUCGCCUCGCACCCUCGCUGUAGCUGGCAGAGGAAGCGGCGCUAAUAGUCCGUGAGCAGGAGGAUGCUGCUGGCUCUGGCCGCCCAGCGAAGAGGAUGGGGCUGCGUCUGUCAGCUCCAUUUGCUGCGGCGGAGGGGUCGAGGCCAGGCGGGGGUAUCGCUCAUCCGGGCAGGUUGCCACGGUGAGUGGGGCAAGAGGAAUACGCGGUCGUGGGGUGCUCCCGGAUCACACCUGCUCCGCUCUCGAUGGCAAGUGCCCCUUAAAUUAGGCAGUCUGUUGCCUGUGUGGCCGGGCAGCCGCCUGCCUGUUCAUUCAAGUCAAGUAAGAGUUUAUACCUCUGAUGGUCAGAAAAACAGCACCGGUGCACAAGAUGCAAGUUCCUCAGCCUCUGAAGGGCGUACGCAGAAAGCAGCAACAGCCCGGGAUGCUAGCAAUCAAACAUCACUUUUGUCGCAAAAACCGAUUCAAGUAAAAGUGAAAGCUGUACUUAAAAAAAGAGACUAUGGACCAAAAUACAUGAAGAAUAACUUCAUCACUGGUGUCAGAGCAAUCAAUGAGUUCUGUCUUAAGUCCAGUGACUUAGAUCAGCUCAGGAAAAUCAAACGGCGAAGCCCUCAUGAUGACACAGAGGCUUUCACUGUGUUUUUGAGAACAGACGUGGAGGCAAAGUCUUUAGAAGUCUGGGGAAGUCCGGAGGCUCUUGCACGUGAGAGGAAAAGGCGUAAAGAAGCAGAAAUAGAAUACAGAGAAAAUUUGUUUAGAAACCAAAGGUUGUUGAAGGAGUACAGAGAUUUCUUAGGAGAAACUAAGCCACGUUCCAGCACGUCAGCUAUGUUUCUGAGUGGACCCGGAAAAGUGGUGAUGGUUGCUAUUUGCAUAAAUGGACUGAACUUUUUUUUCAAGCUUCUUGCUUGGGUUUACACAGGUUCGGCAAGCAUGUUCUCUGAAGCCAUACAUUCUUUAGCAGAUACUUGCAAUCAAGCUUUACUAGCUUUGGGAAUCAGCCAGUCAGUGAGAACACCAGACCCAAGUCAUCCGUAUGGCUUCACAAACAUGCGCUACAUUGCAUCUCUGAUUAGUGGUGUUGGCAUUUUCAUGAUGGGUGCUGGGCUUUCAUGGUAUCACGGUAUCAUAGGUUUGAUUAAUCCUCAGCCCAUAGAAUCUCUUCUUUGGGCUUAUUGUAUUUUAGCAGGAUCAUUGGUAUCUGAAGGAGCUACUCUUCUUGUAGCUAUAAAUGAAAUCCGAAGGAGUGCCCGGGCCAAAGGUGUAUCAUUCUAUCAAUAUGUCAUGCAGGCCUGUGAUCCCAGUACAAAUGUUGUGUUGUUAGAAGAUACUGCGGCAGUUUUGGGGGUGACGUUAGCUGCUACUUGUAUGGGUCUUACUUCCAUAACAGGUAACUCGUACUAUGACAGUCUGGGGUCCCUCGGUGUGGGGACUUUGUUGGGAGUUGUAUCAGCAUUUCUUAUCUAUACCAACACUGAAGCAUUGCUGGGGAGAUCCAUCCAACCUGACCAGCUACAGAAACUUACCGAGUUACUGGAAAGUGAUCCUGUGGUGAGAGCAAUUCAUGAUGUUAAAGCCACAGAUAUGGGAAUGAGUAAAGUGAGAUUCAAAGCAGAAGUUGACUUUGAUGGAAGGGUUGUUACUCGGUCUUACCUGGAGAAACAAGAUAUUGAACAGCUGCUACAAGAAAUCCAGCAAGUGAAGACUCCUGAAGAAUUAGAGACUUUCAUGCUUAAACAUGGUGAAAAUAUCAUUGAUACACUAGGAGCGGAAGUAGACCGGCUUGAGAAGGAGCUCAAGAAAUGGAAUCCUGAGGUGCGGCAUGUAGAUCUGGAAAUAUUGUAGGCUUCAUGGAGUCAAUUUUUAAAGAUCUCUCUUCUGGAUCAGCUGCACUGAGGAAUGGAGCAGCAUCUGAAACGGCAGGGAUCGCAAGAUAUCACCAUGUUUAAGCUUCCAGAUUUCUCAGUGCUGGUUUUUCUCCCAGAAGAGUGAUGGCUUUCUUUGAACUGGUUACCCAGGCCAGCUUCUUGCUAUCUCUACAUUUAGUGGAGAUGAAUAUUUGGGACUAGAAACUUUAAUUUAAAUAAAUUAUUAAAAUGUCAGCUUCUGAAAAUACACACUAUAUUUGCUGCCCUAUUUCAAGUUUUUGUAUCUUGUUUGUACAGUAGUUCCCAUGCAGCUGCUAUUUCUCAGCAUAUAUUAAGAGUUCUAUGCCCCCUUUAAAGGCUGCAUUCCUCUUGAUUCCAAUUGCAAUGUUCCAGUUCUGUAGCCUUCUCUGACUUUUCAUGUAUGAACUCAAUGAGAAUCCUGUCCUUCCCCUCAAUAUCAUGAGCUGGUAACCUGCCCACCCCCUUGUAACGUUUGAUGAUUCUUGACAAUUUGAUCAGACCAGUUUGAGGGCUGCCAGUGAUUGUUCUACAGUAAGCUGAGUCACUGUAUAGAAUGUAUGAGUAAGUUGACUUGUCCUGUGGUUUAUUUCUUACAUUAGCAUUGUGGUCUAAUGGUUGCUCCUAGCAAAGCCUGCAACUACUCUGCCCAUGGGAUCAGGGCCGAUUGCAUGGUUUUUUAACGACUGCAGUUACACAUUCCCCUAACAGGGAGUCCACCCACCCAUACCAUAUGGAUGAAAGUUGCAGAUGAUACUUUGAAUGGUGUGGGAGCAACUGUGGGAUGGCAGCAUCCUCUCUCCAGGAUCUUAGGCGAAUGUAUUUUUUAAAAUUUACUGACGAUCCUCCUUCCUGCUAACUUUGUAAUGUCUGAAGCUGAAAACAUGAAAAUUGUGACACUG